UUGGUCAUAAUAAACACACACGUGUAAGCUUCUGUGUGUGUGUGUGUGUGUGUGUGUGUGUGUGUGUGUGUGUGUGUGUGUAAUUGACACGACCUUUGUGUAAUCAACAGAAAAAAGAAAAAAGAAAUAAAGAAAAAGAAAAAUAUUUGUCCUGAACUUUGACCUCUACGCGUGCCAUCUCUCCUCCUCCCUCCUCCUCCUCCUCCUCCUCCUCCUCCUCCUCUUCCUGCAUUUUCUCUUCUCUCUCUCUCCAAUUGGGUUUCUUUUCACUUUCUUCAUUUCCUUCUCCCUCCUUUCUUUUCCUCCCUCUCUUCUGACUUUUUUCUCUCCCUGUUUUUCCUCUCGCUCUCUUCCCUUCCUUCCCUUUCCCUUUCCUUUUUCUCUAAUGUAGUAUUAAUAUUUGUAACCUUCUCUCCCUCCCUCCUCUCUCUCCCUCCCUCCUUUUUUCUCCCUCCCUCCUUUUUUCUCCUUCUAUCUCUAUCUAUCUAUCUAUCUAUCUAUCAAUUUAUCCAUCUAUCUCAAACCUCCCUUCCACCACCACAACCACCACCAUCUCCCCUUCCAUACACGCCCACGCGCACGCCCUUCCCGCCCCCCAACGAGCCGCCAGGGUGUCAGGAAGCCGCCUGGGACAUGGGUCUGUGGCUGGUGUGGGCGUCGGUCACGUUCACAACAUUUUGGGUGUGCGCUGGGGCCGAACAUGUGAGGAGCGCCCACCCCCCCAGCCCCCCGCCGUCCCCCAGCCCCGCGCCCCCCCAGCAACAGGAGAAGGUCACAGGAAAAGGUCGCGGCUCCCAGGUGGUGCGGGUGAAGCGUAAGGCGGCGGACUCCACCCAGCUGUGGCCCGACGCCCAGGUGCCCUACACGUUCCUGACGCCCGAGCCCGAGCGUGAGGUGGUGAUGGCGGGGCUGAAGCACUGGGAGAAGCACACUUGCCUCCGCUUCCUGCCCGCCAACGACACCCAGCUGCCGCACCUACAGUUCCGGCGGCUGGCGGGGUGUCGCAGCGGCGUGGGCAUCGAGGGCACGGCGGGACAGAACAUAUCCAUCGGCGACAACUGUAAUAAGGUUGGCAUAGUGGUGCAUGAGGUGGGUCACGCUGUGGGCCUGUACCACGAGAUCCGGCGCCCAGACCGAGACUCUCACGUGGUGGUCAACGAGGACAACAUUCUCCCGCACGAGCGGUACAACUUCUACAAGCUGCACUGGCUGGACGUGACCGUGCAGUACGACCUCUCCUCCGUCAUGCACUACCACACGCUCGAGUGGUCAGCCAACGGACGUACCACCGUGGCCACCCGGGACCCCAUGCUGCAGGGCGUCCUCGGGGGGUGGAAGAGAGCUGCCUCCCUCGGCCUCUCUCACCGCGACGCCUACCUCGCCAACCACAUCUACGGCUGCCUCGAGGAGUGGCUGGCGAAGUGCGGCCUGAAGCGUAACCCGUGCAGCAACGAGGGCUACCUGGGCCCCGAGUGUACCUGCGUGUGCCCUCCUGGCUCGGCGGGGCGCACCUGUAGCACGGACGAGGCGGGGUAUUACGAACACCUGGAGUCACCGUGCAGCCAGCAGGUGACCUACCCCACCACCCUCACCUCGCCCCACUACCCCGCUAACUACGACGCAGAUACGUGGUGUGUGUACCGCGUGGAGGCCCCCGAGUGCCAGGCCCCUGAGGUGACCGUGACGGACCUUCAGCUGGGGCCCCGCGACCACCGGGACCACUGCUACACCGAUUACCUGGAGGUGCGCAACGCCUCCCUCUACGACGGCUUCCUGGUGUGUGGCUCCGAGGUGACUCCGGGGACAGUGUGGCGGGCGGGGGGCAGCACCAUGAUCCUAUACUUCAGGGGCGAGACGGGGGGCUUUCGGGGCUUCAAGGCAACGGUCAAAUUCGUCCCAAUCCCCGGCUGCUGUCGAUCUCAGGCCAACACCUCAGCCGCCCAGACCUUCCUCCUCCACUCCCCCGGCUACCCCGCCCCCGUCACCCAGCCCUUCACCUGCGAGUACGCCCUCCCCUGGGAGUCCCCAGCGCGCGUGGUGGUGUCGGUGCGGCGGGUGUGGUCGAAGGGGGGUCGGCGCGGCGCCCCCCGGGACCCCACAUGUGACCUGACCCUGUGCCAACCCAACGGACGGUGCCACAGCUUCUGCCGUCUCCUGGAACUCUCAAGGCAAACGGGAGAAGAGGGGGAAGAUGAGGAGGAGGAGGAAGAAGAGGAGGAGGAGGAAGAAGAGGAGGAAGGGAAGAAGGUCGGCAAAGUGUUCCUCCCCAACGUUGGCUCCCUCCACCUGCUCCGCCACUCCCCGCUGCCCCCCUCCCCCCGCCCGUCCUCCGGGGGGGCGGCGCUCCAGGUGUCCUUCACGCUGGAGGAGACGCCCUGCCACCGGAGCCUCUUCGUGAACCGGUCCGACCCGCGCGGCUGGCUGGUGGUGGGGCCCAGGCCAGGCGCGGGGCUGGUGCAGUGCGAGUGGUGGAUCACGGCGCCCCACGGGACACACGUCAAGGUGAUUGUGGAACGCCUUCACUUCACCGAGGACACGCAGAAGGGGAGGAAGAGGAGGAAGAAGAAGGAGGAGGAGGAGGAAAGGGGGGAGCAGAGGGAAUUGAACAAGACCAGAAGGAAAAAGAAGAAAACUGUGAACGAGAACACAAUCAAUGAGGUGAAAAAUGAAACCGAAGAAGAAGAGGAAGAGGAAAAAGAAGAAGAGGAAGAAGAAAAAGAAGAAGACGAAGAAGAGGAGGAGGAAGAGGAGGAGGAAAACGAAAUCCCAGACAACGAAAAAGGAAGAAAGAAACACCACAAAAACAGGAAAUGGAGGAAGAAAACAGAAGAUGUCUAUUCGGAGGAGGAGGAGGAGGAAAGGAAGAAGAAUAAGAUAGACAGCGUCCAUUCUUAUUUAUCUAUCAACGAAGCCGGCGACCCAAAAUUCCCUCCCGCCACUACGAGGGUCCUACGGGAAGAAGACUGGAGUGGGAGGAAGAGGAGGAGGAGGAGGAGGGGGAAGAGGGGGAGGAGGAAGAGUGGGGAAGCUCCUAAUGUGUUCGUCUCCCUGCAACACUCGCUAAGGGUAGUGUUUCAGGCCCCGGCAACACACGCAACACUGCACAUCAGAUACCAGCUAUAUGAGUGCGUGGACGACAACUCGGAGUGCCAGUACUGGGCGGCCGACGGGGAGUGCCAAGCCAACCCGCUGUGGAUGGCACCUCACUGUAGAAGGGCGUGCAGGCAGUGUGACUUCAGCUCCACCUGCGAAGACCUCCACUCGGACUGUGCCUCGUGGGCCGGGCAAGACCAGUGCCUCGAGAACCAGCUGUGGAUGGCCGUGCACUGCAAGAGGUCAUGUGGACACUGCGAGUCGUGCGCGGACAGCAAUCAUCGGUGCGGGCGGUGGGCGGGGGGCGGGGAGUGUCAAGCCAACCCAGAGUACAUGCGUCGGUUCUGCCCGCUCUCCUGCCGCCUCUGUGUUCCAACCACCACUACCACCACCACCACUACCACCACUACAAGACCCACCACUACUACCACUGCUACUGCUACUACUACUACUACUACUUCUACUGCUACGGGAAUGAACAGAAGGAGGAGAAGGAAAGGUUCGAAGCGAGUCACUCACCACUACGAGGAGAACGAAACCACAAGAGGGAUAGAAACUCGCCUCGAAGUAACGGGAGAGACAAACCCAGUCACCUCCCUCAAACACCCUCGACUCCUGAAGCAAGGGAGGAGGAAGGAAGGGAUAGAGGAGGAGGAGGAGGAGGAGGAGAGAGGGAGAGGAAGGAGGAGGAGGAAGAUGCGGAAACAAGAUCACGCUGGAAGGAAAAACAUGGAAGAGGAGGAGGAGGAGAAGAGAAUGUAUGAGGAGGUGGAAGAAGGAAGAGAUGAGAAAGAGGAGGGAAAAGAAAUGAGUGAAGAGGAGGAGGAAGAAGAAGAAAAAGAGGAGGAGGAGGAGGAGAACAUGAACACUGUCUUUCAAUCUACGAACUCCAACACUGAGACCACAAUACCAGAAGCUUUUGAGGAGGAGGAUGACAAAGAAGAGGAGGAGGAGGAGGAAGAGAAGAAGCAUGAACUAAGAGAAGAGGCAUUAGAUUCUGUAAAAGCCCAACCCCUCACUGCCCUAAAGGAGGAGGAGGAGGAGGAGAAAGAGGAGGAAGACGAAGAAGAAGAGGAGAUGCUAAAAGACUUCUUGGAUUCUCUCGCUCAACCAUCGAACUCAGACGACCUCGAAGUCUCUUUAGCAACCAGAGGCGAGUCGUUCCUUCGAGGGCUGAUCAGGAGUCACCACCAGGGCGCUGAGGAGACCAAAGGCACCUCGGAAGACGACCCCAGCGACCAGGUAACGAAGAACGAAAUAUACGACCAUCUGGAAAGAGUUACGACUUGGAGGCAUAACUCUGCGAUGUCUCAGACGACUCCAGCGACCAAAAUGACCUCAGAACACGACCCGAAUGGCAUAAACGACUUACUGGAGGAAGUUGCGACUGCAAGAAAUAACUCACCGAUGCCUCAAACGACUCCAACGACCAAGGGAACCCAGGAACACGACCUCAACGACCUCAACGACUUGAUAGAGGAAACCCAAACGUAUGGUAACCUAGUGAGACCUCAAAAGACGACCCCACGACCUCAAAUUUAUGAAAGUACGACCACAAGAGGCCAGAGAAGACGAGAACAAAGAAGAAGAACGAAUAACAGAAGGAAGGAGGAAGGAAACGAAGGAGAGAGAGAGAGAAAUCUGAGGAAGGAAGGAAGGGAGGGAGGUAUGAAUAUUGGAGGAGGAGAAAGAGCUAGAAAAUGGAGGAAAGAAGGAGGGAUGGAGGGAAAAAGAAGGGAGAAGAGAAGGAGGAGGAGGAAAGGCGGGAGAAGAGGAAGGAGGUGGAAGCAAGAGUGGAGGAAGAGGAGGAAACAGGAGGAAACUAGAAACGAAAUCUCCUUUACUUCUUCCUCCUCCUUCCUCUCCUCUCCUUUCUCCACCUCCUCUCCCCUUCCCUCCCCUCUCAC